UUUGCGAUAAGCCCCAAAAAAGAUGGGUAACCACAGUAACCGCCUUCAUACCCAGUCAGACAAGACUGUCUCAAUUUUGACUGAUGUGAGUAGGUCAUACUACCAUCGAAAGUGAAUCAUCCGUCCAUCGCACUAUGCACUUAAAAAUGUCUUCAAGCCACAUUCCACUCAUCAAUGAAGAAAGUCACGAAUCAAGGUAAAACUAGCUCUAGGAUUAACCUAUCAAUACUAGCAACAACACAAUAAGCCAGAAGUGAUUAUUUUUGGUAAAUAGUUCGUCUUCCAGAGAGCAUCUGAAACCCAUCACAGAACAUUCAAGAAAAGAAGGAAAUCAUGAGAAAGGCAGCGACUUUUGUGAUGCUGCUUUAAAAUUACUUCUAGAUAACAUGACUACACCAGAUGAUGUGUCAAGCAUAUUUAAAACGGAUGCCCAACUUAAGGAAAGCCUUGGUGGGAAGAAUUCAAGAGAAAAAUGUGAGUUCUGCAACAGAAGAUGUUGCAAUAACGGUAAAAUUUGCUGUGAAAGGAAAAAACUCCAGUUCUACCUAUUGAGCCAGUCUAUUAAUCGGCUGAGUACUAUAUCUUUAUGCAGGGAAAAUAUGACUCUGGUCGAACAAAAACCUAGCGAGCAAGACAAGGAGAAAGCGAAAAGGUUGGGGUCCAGCAGUUUGAACUUCAGUACCGAAAGUUUGGGGUCUCUCGAAAAACUAGAAACGUUUAAGAAAAUACGAAGGAGGAUGAGGAAUAUGCAAAAAUAUUAUCCAGAGGUAUACAAUAACAAAACAAACAUCAUAGAGCAAUAUGGUGGAAAUGGAAGCCUGCUUAACGUAAAAAGUGAACUAUUGGAUAUGGACAUGACAAACAGUGCUAUGUUCUGGGUGUAGAUGAUAAUAGAAAUCGCAUAAUCUUAUUGGAGAAUAAAUAUAUUGAAAUACUG